AUGGCGGGCGGCGCGGCGCGGCUGCUGCUGGCCGCCCUGCUCGGCGCCCUGCCGGCCGCGGCCGAGCGGGAGCUGCGCUUCAGGCCGCCGGCCGAGGCCCCCGUGCGGCUCUUCACCGAGCCCGAGCUGGCCAGAUACGACGGGCAGCAGGAAGGACAGCCCAUUUACCUGGCGGUGAAGGGAGUAGUAUUUGAUGUCACUUCUGGAAAAGAAUUUUAUGGAAAAGGAGCCCCAUACAAUGCUUUGGUUGGAAAAGACUCAACAAGAGGAGUUGCAAAGAUGUCUCUGGAUCCAGCAGAUCUUACACAUGACAUAACAGGACUCACAGAAGAGGAACUGAAGUCCCUGGAUGAUAUCUUCAAUAAUGUUUACAAGGCCAAAUAUCCAAUUGUUGGCUAUACUUCUCGACGAAUUCUGAAUGAGGAUGGCAGCCCCAAUCUAGACUUUAAACCUGAAGAUCAGCCACAUUUCAACAUUAAAGAUGAGUUCUGAGGAACAUUUUUGUACCUAGAGAAUGCCUGGGGAGAGGCAUGAUAGAAUAUUAGAUUGAUUCCCUGUUUUCUGGAGUUCAUUACUACAAUUAGCUAUCAUGAGUCAGUUUUCUGUUUAGAAAAUACAUAUGUGUGUACACACAUAGUUUAGAGGAAACAAACAGAUCUGUAUUAGUGUCAUACACUUGGGCUGUUUGCCCUGAGUUAUGGGAAUUAUUUCAUAUGAAAGUUCUUUCUGCCUGGAUUUGUCUGUUUACAAGUGUGUAAUGUAAAAUUACAUGCCUUAGAAGAGAGAAGGAAGUUUUUAAUAGUUGAAACAUGGCUGGUCUUUUUGUAAAUCCCAAGUUGUUUCUCACUCCUUGGAAAAGUGUCAAUGCAUUACCUGGACGAGCUAACGUCAAUUUUCUGUGCUUCACGCGAGUGUACGUAUCACAUGUACAAACAGGUGUAAUAGAGGCUUACAUUUUAAAAAGCAUUGUGGGAUUUAAUAUUUGAUAGGUUUGAGAAUACUGGAUAUAAAACCACUCAGUCUCUUAAAAUGCAGUUACUGUGGAAUAUUUAUGCAAAGCCUACAGCUGUAAACCAAGAAAAAUAAAUCUUUUCCCCAUGAGAACUAC